UGAAGCUUCUUUCCCUAUAAUUUACCCCAAAAGUGACGUUCUAAAACGUCAUUGGCUGAACACCAAGCAACCUUCGACCGUAUUCUAUUGGGUGCGUUAACACGAGACCGGUGGAAGCAAAAAGCAUUACAGUUGUGUAGUUACUGAGCUCCUGAAUACUUGAAGAGUAUGAUUAAGGAAAUUCAUCAAGAGGAAGAUAAAGACGAAUGCCUGCGGGCAGGAGGGCUCUACGUUUUCCCAGAUCAUUUUAGAGAAAAUAAUUUUUAAAUACUUCAUGAUUCUUUGAAAUAUCAUAAUUUGUCCUAAUCAAAGGACUUGUAAAUAGUGUACAAAAUCGAAAUUUUUGUGUGUAUAAUUUAUUUUGUGAAUGAAGAAACAAAACAUUCACAUCAGAGGAUAGUAAUAAUAAUAAUAAUAAUAAUAAUAAUAAUUUAUCACUAAUUCCUCUUCUGAAGAUAUUUAAAAAUCAUUUAAAAUCAAAUUUGUGAAGCCCAUAAAAAUAUUUUCCCAAAAGAUUAAAAUGAAGAUGGAAGUGCAAGCAGACAAUACACCCCUUGCUGUUAAGCUAUUAACAGCAGGGACCGCUGCUUGUUUUGCAGAUUUGGUAACGUUUCCUUUAGACACGACCAAAGUUCGUAUGCAGAUCGCUGGUGAAGGACGUGCAGCAAUGCUUAUGGCAUCCCCAGAGGGUUCAGUGAUGGCAAUUCGAACUGCCCAACCAGGUUUACUGCAAACAUUAACAAACAUCGUGAGAGUCGAAGGUGUAAGGAGCUUGUAUGGAGGACUUUCAGCGGGACUCCAAAGACAGAUGUGUUUUGCAAGUGUCAGAUUGGGCCUAUAUGACAAUGUGAAGAACUUCUAUGCUGGAUCUACCAACGGUAAUUCUGUGAAUAUAUUCACACGAAUAGCAUCUGGAAUCACAACUGGAGCUUUAGCUGUUUUAAUUGCACAACCAACUGAUGUAGUGAAAAUUCGACUUCAAGCUGGAAAUAAUGGAAAAUCCACUGUAAGAUAUAAAUCAACUCUCGAAGCUUACAAAAAUAUUGCUGUUAAAGAAGGUGUUCGAGGAUUAUGGAAAGGAACGGGUCCCAAUGUCUCAAGAAAUGUUAUUGUAAACGUCGCCGAAAUUGUUUGCUACGACGUGAUAAAGGACUUAAUUUUAAAUAAUGGAUUAAUGCGAGAUGGUAUUCCAUGUCAUUUAGCAGCAGCAGUUGCUGCUGGUUUAUGUACCACAAUUGCAGCAAGUCCAGUUGAUGUUGUUAAAACACGUUACAUGAAUAGUGCACCGGGUGAAUAUAAAAGUGCACUAGAUGCUGCAAGUCGAAUGUUUAUCAAUGAGGGUCCACAAGCAUUUUAUAAAGGUUUCGUACCGAGUUUUGCACGUUUCGUUUCUUGGAACAUCGUUCUCUGGGUGACUUACGAGCAAAUCAAAAUUCAAACUAAAAAAUUUCAACAACCUUACUAAAAACUUUUACAUUUUCGUCACAUAUGCUCGAAAAUAAUUUUCCUAUAUACAUAUAUUAAAAAAAAAUUGAUAUUAAGUUUUGUUGGUUUAAAAAAAAAAUAGAAAAGAAUGUAAUACUGUUCAUUCUUCAAUAUACAUAUAUAUAUAGUGAUAAAUAUUUAGUUUUUGAAAACGACCAAUUUAUUUGCAUAUUCGUUGGAGAAAUAAACAUUUUUUUAUUAUAUGAAAGAAAAAUUAGUUGCAGGCACAACAGGUGAAAAAAAAUCAAAUAAGUAUUUAUUUUAACCAAAAAUAAUUAUUAUUUAGUUAAAAUAAAUUAAUAUUUGAUUUUUAAAUAGUCAAAUUAAAUGUAAUAACUAAAUAUAAUAUAUGUAAUAGUUUAUUGUAAGGUUGAACGAAAAGUAUAGUAUACUUUAGGUUUACAUAAUGGAAUUGAGGCAAAAUUUAAAAAUCUGUUUUUUACUUUUAUAGUUUGUAUUUGUCAUUAGAAAAUUUGAUUAUCUAAAGUAAUUAAUUAGAACAAGGUACAUUUGUACUGCUAUAAUUAUUUGUUUUUCUUUUAGAUAAUUAUUAAAGUAAUGAUUAAAUUAUCAAUAACAAUGACAUGUUUAGUGAAAUUUACCACACUAUAAAGUGUGUGUAAUUGAAAACAAAGAGAAUUUUUUCUAUUUCUUUUUAAAACUGAAGACCAAAUGGAAGAAAAUAAGAGUCUAGAAAAGAAUUUGUAAUAUUCAUGUAGUACCGACAUUUGAUAAAAAAAAAUCUUACAUUAAGAUAAAUUUUCUUCUUUAGAUCGCUGGCGGUCCAGAAUCAAUAUGAUUCUAUUUCACAUGACAAAAUAGUUUGUUUUUUUUAUUUUUUCAUUAUUAAGUACCAACAUAUAUCUGAAUUAAAAAUUUUUAUAUUUCCGACAAUAACUUUAAACUAAAUUUAUAAUACUGAUUUGUAUAUUAGUAAUACAAUUUAAUGGAAUUAAUUGAAUAUCAAAAAAAGAAAGUAUUAUAUAUGAAAAUAUAAAUGCGUUAUAUGUUUGUAUUUAAAUAAUUUAGUGAAUUAUUAUUUGACUUUGUAAAUUCUUUGGAUAAGAGUUUAAAAUAGUAUUUUUACAGAAGAAGUUAUUAAAUAAAUAUCAAUAAUUAUUUUAA